AUGGCGGCGUUGCAAGCAGAGCUCGAUGCCUUGAAGGCCAUCUCGCGCUCUUUGCUUAUCCAGUUCGAGAGAGGAUCCAAAACCUCAGAGCAGCUGCAAUUAUUACUCGACGCUACGAGCAGCCUUCAGGUCGCUAUUCUGCAACCAGAUUUUCGCAGAAGAAGUGAUGCAUCACGAAUUUCCAGGGAUAUCCUUGACCUAUCGAGGUUGGCGGAAGAUAAUCUUGAAGCCUUGCAACAUUUGAUUCAUCCAAAUAGAGACCGUAGGCCAAGCCGAAGCCCAAGGUCUGGGGCGGAGGAGAAGUCAAGAAAUCAGAACAUAUUUUCGAAUCUUAAAAAGCAUGCCCAUGCCUUCCAAAGAUUGUCCGACUAUAUUACCAACAGGGAGGACUGGACACGACUAGCACCCAAAGCACCCAAAGCGCCGCGAGCACUUUCCUCCUCCCCCGAGGCAUCUUCUCGUCUGCAGCCCGCAGAGAAGGGAAAAGAAACUACCUCGGCCCCAAUUAGUCCUUAUCAGCCAACAGUGGAAGACGUCGAUGACACCGAUGGUGAGGAUGAAGUCAAGUACAAUGUCGAACAUGUGCACUACGUACAUAAAGAAGACUCCUCAGUCAUCGACCCCGCCAAGGUUGAGCAGACGCAUCCCAAGAGGACGAGUCAUCCACAAACACCCCCCCAGGUGGUAAUUAGGCAAGCUACAGAUCCGAAGCAAUUUGAACCAUCAUCGAGCAAGGUUGCUGCAUCCUCCGCUUCGCCGCUCAAAACGGCUGCCGGAGUUAACGAUGUCGAUGGCGCGGCAAAUAAAGCAGUGCAGGACACCGAGGUCAAUCAAACCUCUUCACUUCAGAAGCGCGACAGUCAUGCUGAUCGUCCAUUGUCUAAGUCUUUACAGGAACUCGAAGACGAAAUUGCUCGACUCAACAGAAAGCUUCAGGAGAAAUAUUCAGAAGGAGCAACCAGCACGUCUGAUGCCGCAAAACCGGAAAGCGGCAAAUGGACGUCAAGUGGUAAGCACAAAAGCGUAGAUCUUGGCCGUACCAAUAGCCUAUUUGGGGAUUCCGGAAGUCGUCGACCACGAUCCUCGACAUCGCAAAAUGCAGAACGUCCACGCUCAUUUGUUGAGGGCACAGCAUUUGAUCCUGGAUAUAAACCAGAUAUGUUACCACCUGCACUGCCUGAAGGUCUCAGAAGAGCAUCAUCUAUGAAAUCUCGUCCAUCACUAUCGCGCUCUCCUAGAUCAGCUCCUUUUUCUCCCUAUGAUCCUCACGUGGAUACAUACUGGGACUACGGGUAUCCGCAUGGUGCAACGAACAUGUACGGUCCAGAUCCGCGCACAUCUUUGCCAACUGUUCUGGAGAGCGGGAAACGUGAUCAUAGAAGCGCACGCACUGGGAGGAUUGUGCCAAAAUUUCAUUUUGAGAAUCCCAUGGACACCUUCGGCGACUUCUUUAGGGAAGAAGACCCUGGCAUAGCGGACUUUCCUCUGUUUGGCCCUUCUGUCCAACCACCCCUAAAUCAAGGACGAUCUCGUGGCAACUCUCGAGCCCAGAAUGAAGCCUCCCCUAAUCCUAAGCCUUAUAUCAGCCCGCGUCAAUUGCAUGAGAGCCUACCAAUUGAGCCAGACGUUCGCCAGAUCAGUGUAUCUCUUGAAGACAUGUUUUACGGUGUCAAAAAGAAAUUUCGAGUAAAACGGGACAAGUACAAUCCCCAAACGGGCAUCAUAACACAAGAAGAGUGCAUAAUGGAAGUUCCCAUACCUCGAGGUCUCAAACCCAAAAGCAAAAUCAAGUUUGAAGGCGCAGGCCAUGAAACCCGGGAGGGUACGCGAGAACUUCACUUUGAAUUGGUCGAGAAACAGCAUCCUGUUUUCACGCGUUCAGACUACGAUUUACAUUGUACACUUGAGAUUACACUUGUUGAGGCACUUUGUGGCUGGGAAAAGUCCAUCACAAGCAUUUGUGGUAAGGAAGUUAUAUUUUCGCAUCCUGGACCCACGCCUGCUACGUGGCACGAGGAACGUGCAGGGCUAGGCAUGUGCACGUUCAAAGAUCCAUCUAUAAGAGGCUAUCUUGUCGCAAGCGUCAGCAUUCGGGGGGCCUAA